AAUCCAAUAUGGCGAUGUGUCAGAUGAUUGGGGUAUUUUUAUUUACAGCAUAAGUUGCGUUUAGUUUGGUGCUUUUACGGCUAAUAUGAACCGGCACCAAGUGUUAACAGGAGCAUGCAAUGCAGGAGACCAGUGCUAUGCUGUUGGAAGCGUAGAGGGCAUUCAUUUUACGGCCUACGCAGCAGGAUGUGACAUAGUGAUUUUGGCUAGUGACUUCCAGCGAGUUCAGAUUAUACCAGGUGUAACUCAUGGAAAUGUGAAGGUCAAUUGCAUUGAUUGCUCAACAGACAGUGGAAAGAUUGCAGCAUCUUACCAGAAUGAAGUUUACAUAUUUGAACCAACUCCAUUACGUCACCAUGAGAGUACACAUAAAUUAGAUUACAGGUGGUAUCAGACAGCUAAAUUUGAAGCGGAUUGUUACAUUAAUUGUCUGAGCUGGAACAUUGAAGGGUCUAGACUGCUAACUGGAGGUGAAUCUAUACAGAUCUGGGCAUUCAGCCAAGAACAUCAUGAGGAAACUGUUGGUGGAUCUAAGACUGUCCAUUUUGAUGUGGGUGGGGCUGAUGAUGACCACAAGCAUGAUAAGGAUGAAGGAGGAUCCUUUGAUCCUUUUGAGGAGAUUGAGACAGUGUGGAUCUGUGUCUGGAAAUGCAAACCAUCGACUCCUGUGUAUCAUCUAAGGUACUCCUGGGACGGCUUACUCUUUGCAUCAGCUGGAAAGAAUGAUAGAUUGGUGAAGAUAUGGUAUGAAGACAGAAAAAACCAGUAUCCCUUUAUGAGGGGUGACAGUGUGGUGAGCCCUAAGAAAGAGGAACAACACUAUUCCUUUAUUUAUAUUGCCCAUCCCAGGGCUGUCACAGGGUUCUCAUGGAGGAAAACCAGCAAGUACAUGCCCAGGGGAGCUGUUGCGAACAUGUUAGUGACCUCAUGUCUAGAUAAUGUCUGCCGUUUGUGGGUGGAGACAAUUCUACCAGAUGACGGGCUGGUUGACCUUGAACAGUUUGAUCCCAAUGCUUCGGUGGAUCCAAAGUUUCACACCCACAGACACAAGAAGAGAUUUCUUCAGAGGUUAAAGACAAUCAGAAAGGGAAAUUUUGGGCUCAAUGGAUAUCCCAUUAAGCGCCUUUGGAGAGGGAAAACCGAUGCCUGUGGUGUUCACCUACAGAGACAUGCUAUCCACAAGCGUAAGAGGCACCAUAAGAUGGGACCAGAGACUGUGAUGAGUAUGGCUAGUUUUAACACCGUACAAAGUGUCCAUGAUUUCCAUAAAUAUGCCCUUCAUCAUAACGGUGUGGCCACAGUACUGCACUUCCAUCUGGCUGCCAGCAUCAACCCAGAGACAGACGUUCCUCUCCUACCAGUAAUAGGGUCAAAGGAUCAGCACUUUAACUUCCAACUUCACUGGCUAAACAAUAAAGAGCUACAAUUCACAAUGGAAGCUGAAGUCAUAUUGCAGGACAUGCACAGAGGAGUUCUGAAUGUAGAUGGUCAUUCAGAUGACCAUCACCAUGACAACCAUGAGGCAACAGACAGCGAUCAUGAUGACCAUCUCCUUGAUGAAGGGGAAAAAAGUGCUCAAUAUCAUCCUAUUGGCAAAAAGAAGAAAAGCAAACUGUUCAGGAAAAAAGGCAGACAUUCUCGUCACAAGUCUUCCAAGGAUGUGGCGGGGACUUACGCAGAAAGCCAAGCCAACAUGGGUUCCUCAGAUCCAUCAGACCAAACUUCUGAGGGGACCAGCAGUAUGAACUCCCCUGAGGUGUCUGGUUCAGUGAUUGAUGCAUUAGACAGAAAAAUAGAGGUACUACUGAGGGACUGGCACCAGCAUCCAGACAUGAUGUUUAGUAUACACCCAGUGGAUGGCAGUUUUUUGGUUUGGUUGGUCGAUUGGCUAGACGAGUAUAAUCCUUACUGCUUUCGCCAGGCACAGGUCAGUUUCUCAUCUCGACUGCCGCAUGCUUUCCCUGUUCCUGAUGCCAGGACAAUGGCUAGUCAUCUAUGGAUGUACUGUAAUUACAGUAAAAUGGACAUUAAAUCAGCUAUGAGGUUAAGUGAGAGCAAUAGUAGUGUAGAGAAUCCUAAAAUUCAAAACCCACCAGCUCCAGCAACAGGAAAGAAUUCACCUGGACAAAAUGAUAACAUGUUAAUACCUAAUGUUCUUCUGAUCUCCAAGCACAUAAACGGGUCAUUAAAUCAGUGGCAGAUCAGUUUUGCUGACCACUCCAAGUUUUCCACUGUGGUGAGUGUGGCACAUGCUACCAGGGCAUGUGGACAUCGAUUCAGAACUAACUCAGCUACGUGUCAUCCAGUGUUGCCUCUGUUGCUAUCCACCUCUCAUCACAAUGUACCAAACGAUCCUGUGAAUGGUUACAAUGGAGAAAGAAUGGAGAGAUCCAGCUCCAAGGAAAGUGAUGAUGAUCUAAAGCAUGGAGUUGGUGGGGUGGAGUUUUGUAGUGAGUUAAUUCUGUGGAGGGUAGAUCCAGUAGGGCCAUUGUCCAAGUCUGGAGGAAUUGUGGAGUUGGCUAGGAUUAAUUCCCCAGAGCUUGCAGCAUUCUCUGAUGUAGCCUGGGUACCUACUUUACUGCCAAGCUCCACACUGGGUUCAUACAGUAAUUCCCCCAGUGCACUGUUUGUGGCCUCCGAUGGAAACUGCCUGAGGAUGUACCAGGCUGUCAUUGAUGCCAGGACCCUCUUACUGGAAGUUGGGGCACAGAGGAAGGAUCCAGGGAUGAGUUUCAGCAGUAACACAAGUUCAGGAUACAGCGUUGAGCCCCAGAAACCUCCAGGGGAGUUAUUUAACAUUGUCAGUCUGCAGUCAUCAGCAAGACCAGGCUGUAUCAUAGAGCUGGAACCUAUAGCUGAUGCUGCUCAGAGCUGGCAGCAGACACAGCUUCUCCACGUCUUUCAGGAGCAGAUGAUAACUGGUCGUCCCAGUACAUCUUCUAGCAGCAUGGAAGUCAUUGUAGAUCUAAGAUCCUCAGGGUCUUUCUGUGAACAUUUCUAUCUGGUAGUGCUUGAAAAGACCAAGAAUUUUGGAUCAGUGCUUCACAUGUGGAAGAUUACCAUUUCCUCCAAAUCAGGGGAGCCAUGUGAAGAGUCACAUGAUGGAGCUAGGAAGGGUUCGAUGGAUGUGAACACUGAAGAGGAAACUUCUUAUGUUCCCUCAGGAAAUUCUACACCUGAACAUUUGACACCCAAACCCACUACUGUUGUCAAGGUGAUCUUCUCCACCACAAAGUUGUGCACACAAACCUUACCCCUGCCAGAAGGAGUAGAUGUCCAGAGUGCCAAUGUAUCAGCAGGUCACUUAAGCUCCGCCUCCAUCUACCCAGCAUGCCUUGCUCCAUACCUGUUGGUCACUGCCUGUUCAGAUGGUGAGGUUCGUUUCUGGAACUGCAGCAUGUCGUCAGUGUAUGAAGUAGGAGGGAAAUCCCCCCAACCCACAUUGUCGUACAGCACAAUAAGUUUUGAAAUGGCUGUGGAGGAAGACCAUGGAAUGCGUAAACCUUCAACAAGUGUGUUCACGAAAUCAGAGGCCAUGGAGACAAGCUAUCAAUGGCAGGAAUGGAGCAUGAUGAACAGCUCCAAGGACACGAGUUCUAUAAGUAUUACAGGUCAUCCAAUCACUGUGAGUUGUGCCUACAGUGGACGCCUAGCAGUGGCUUACAGAUUGUUUGGACCAAAACAACUUCCUAACAAUCCAAAGGGAAAACUUCUUAACCUCUGGGUGGCCAUUUAUGAAUGUGAAUCUACAGGAGGCUCAGAGUGGAUUUUAGAAGAUACCAUUGAACUUAAAAAUGUCACAAUUCCUGAUCCUAAAGCAGAAAUAGAUAUGGACUGCAUUCUAUGUCCAUCUGGAAUAAAAUCUCCAAGAGUCAUAGAAGAGGGAGAAACCCCAAAAGGGAUGUCACCCUCAGCAUCCUUGGUUAAUAUUUCAAAAUCAGUAUCUAUACCAAGUUUGAGUACAAUAUGUAGUGUAAGAAAAAGCAUUGCAGAGCAUGGUAAUACAGCAGGAAUUCUGCAUCAGAAACAUCUUGUUCAGUUAGACUGGGUGUCAACAGAAGAUGGAUCACACAUUUUGACUAUUGGAGUAGGACAAAAAAUUCUGAUGUAUGUCCAAGUGUCUGAUGAUGUGAUCAGUGCAUCCAAACAAGGAAAGGAAGGCUCUGAAGAACAAUCAAAGAGGAAGCCAAGGAAAAACCAGAAUCCAAGUAGAGAAGCCCUGAAUUUGCAUCUAGGAAAGGAGAAGGCUGAAGCACCAAAGAAAAGAGGAAGGCUUCAAAAGGCAAAAUCUGUCAUGAUAAUGGACGAUAACCCUGAGGAGAUACGGUGGAUGCUGCUGCGAUCAGUUGAAUUGAGCACUGCUGAUGGAUUACCUCCCUUACCUAUGCAUAUUUCGUGGGUAAGAGCUGGAAUUCUAGUUGUGGGGAUGGAUAAUGAGAUGCAUGUGUAUUCUCAGUGGCGAUGUUCACAGUCCCAGGUAGAUCAUGGUAGUGUAGAAGACUCCAAGUGUCUCCAGGAUCCAGAUUCCUCCUGUUUUAACAUAGAGGUCCUUGCCAACAUAAAAUCUACUGCUACUUUUAAACCUUCUUAUUCUCUACCAAACUUCAAACAUAUAAAUUCUGUGUCCAAGAAAAGCUCAGAUAUUAGUGUGAAAUCUUCCUUGAGCAAAAUUAAAAGUGAGAGUUUAACUAGCUUGUCAGCCAUCCAUGACUUUGGGCUCUUUGAAGCUACUAGAGAGGCAAAUCCAUGUCUUCCCCAGUAUCAUCCAAAAGAAAUGAUAGAGCUAUUGAACUUUGGUAAAGUCAGGAGAGUAAAAGCAAUCUUAGCUCAUUUAGUAAGAUGCAUAUGUAAUGGUGAAAUCCCUCCAAUGAAUAUAUCAGAGGAAAUGGACACGGAAGACUUGAAGUGGGGAUAUGGUAGAAGUAGGGCUCUAUCAGUGAGUGGGGCAAGUCCAAAAAGUCCAUUGGAGGUCCCACUUCUGCAAGAGGAACCUCAUUUAGAGUACAAAGAAAUCUCUUUCAUACCACCUCUUCCCAUGUAUGCCCUAUUAGCUGCUGAUGAACAAGUUACAGUGACCAAAAACGACCACAUUACUAGCACAGCCCCUGGAACUGCCACAGCAAACCAAGACUAUAGUGACCUGUUCUCCACCAAUGUUGGAGUGGAAGAAGAACUUGAUACAGAUGUACUGGGUACCUCAGCGGACAGCAACAUGUCAGGUCGAGGUCGACUCCAGUCCGCAUCUGGAGUUAAUCCAUCUAAUCCAAAUGAGUUCACCCCCAACCACAGUCAGGUUCUGAUGAAGCACCUGACUCACACACAGCUGCCUGGUCUGACUAGUGUGGAUCAGAUGUAUCUCCUGGCUAUUGCUGACACCGUGGCGAAUAACAAGAUUGACUUCACUGACAAGUUUGAGGUGGAAAAACCAGCUGGUGGAGAUCUGAACAAGGAAUCAGCGGAAACAAUAGACAACUGUGGUCUGCGGUUUUUACUGGCAAUGAAAAAUCAUAUCUACCUUGUGAGGACAUUACAACCAAGACAAAGAGCAGCUCUACAGAGAGUGGGACUGAAAUCCUUCAACCUUGUCUGGGCCUUCCAUUCAGAGUCAACAGAGGAGUUGCUGUCACACAUCCCCAGCAUGCAGAAGGGAGAACCUACCUGGGAGGAACUCAGACAGUUUGGGGCAGGGUGGUGGAUCAACAACAUUAACAUCCUCAAGAGAACCAUUGAAAAGUUGGCUAAGGCAGCCUUCCAGAAGAAGAAGGACCCCAUGGAUGCUGCAUUGUUUUACCUGGCAAUGAAAAGGAAAAAUGUCCUAUGGGGAUUGUAUAGAUCUGUUGAUAACAAACGAUUGAUGGAAUUCUUCAAGAAUGAUUUCUCAUUAGAGAGGUGGAGGAAAGCAGCACUGAAGAAUGCCUUUGAUCUGCUCGGCAAACAGAGAUUUGAGCAUGCAGCAGCUUUCUUCCUAUUGGCAGGAUCUCUACAUGAUGCUAUUGAGGUUUGUUUGAACAACUUAGAGGACAUUCAGUUGGCUUUAGUUGUGUGUCGUCUAUAUGAUGGAGAGACCAUGAUGCCUGAUAGUGCCAAACAAGUCUUACGCAAACAUGUUCUUGGGUGUGAAGAUCAGGAAUCUAGAACAGCUUUAACAGAGAAAUUGACCUCUGAUCCAUUCCUAAGAAGCAUGGCAUGGUGGAAUUUCAAAGAAUACCGAAAAUCAUUGAAAACUUUACUUCUGUCAAGUUCUGCAAAGACCCAUUUAAAGCCCAGUGAUCCAGACGAUCAAGAACUGGGAGGGCAAAGUGCAAUACCAAAUGUUUUCAAUUUUUAUAAUUACCUGAGAAAUCAUCCUCUUAUUUUGAGGCACAAGAUUACAUCUGCUGCUCCAUUAGCACAGAGGAAAGGGGUCAUUCCAGGCUUCACCCACCAACAAACAAUCAUUGAGGAACAGGACUCGCUGAUGUUCAUUGACAAAGUCACCCCCAUUGAAAGGCGGCUGUUUUUUAGGACUGCUCACACUCAUUAUAAAAAUGGCUGUCCUCUUCUUGCACUGGAAGUGUUGUCCAAGCUUCCAAAUAUAAUAACGGAGGAGGAUAUUGAAAGUGAUGAAGAAGUGGAGAGUGAGACUGUUAAACCAUUAUCACAGCCUAUUAGUACAGGGACCUUAGUGGGAGAAGACCAUAUCAAGAAUAAGGACUCAAAUCCAGGGUAUGAUUGGAGUAGUCCUGCAAUAAAUGGAAUGGUGAAUGGGGAAACAGCCGAUGCUUUUGAUUGGUCAACACCUGUCGGUGGUAAGCAAGAUAGGGGAGAUUCUUUUGACUGGGGAGCUCCAGUGUCCAGAUUUGACUUUGAGGAGGAACCCAGAUUCACCCUCAGUUCUGGGGAGAGUGAGGUGGAAAGUGAAACAGAACACCAUCCAGAAGAGGUGGAGAAGAAGCCCUCUCAGAGGGGCAAACUGCAGAAAGUUCCAAAUAUUGUUGUGGAUGAUGUUUUGACAAAUGGACAUGAUGAAGUUUGUGCAGACACUAAAUCUAGUCACAAGAAUCAGAUAGACAUAUUUGCACAGCAGUACAAAUUCAUAGCAUGCCUGAAGGUUUUAAUGGAAGAGAUGAGGACACUUGCAACAGGUUUUGAAGUGGAUGGUGGACAAUUGAGGUUUCAGCUUUACAUCUGGUUGGAGAGGGAGGUUGAAGUACUACAGUAUCUGUGUAAUUAUGGAGAAGGUGUUGUAUUCCCAGCAGACAAUCAACAAGAACCAGCACAUGUAUUGUUUGAAGACUGUGUCGAUCCAGCGUCAUAUCUUGAACUGAGUGAGAGCAAUGCAAGUAUACUAGAUGCAUCAGUAGAAGAGGGCAGUUCAUUCUUACUGGAUGCACCACAAAGAAAGCUGAACAGGUCACUAUCCUUGCGUUCAGACUCCUCAUCAAUUUCCAUUAAACCAACACUCCAUGAAGUCAUUUUGGCUGAAAAGAUGGACUUUGAAGCCAAACUGGAGCGUAUGUCCAGGAGGAAGCAGUGGCUUAAGAUGCACCACCAGUUGCUCCGGACACUGGCCAGUUACUGUAUGUUACAGGGGUCAGGAGGAGGUGGGCUGGCCUCAGUCCAGAUGGAAUUGUUGCUGCUAUUGCAGGAACACCAACAAGAGAGGCCUCAGCAGCAGUUGUUUUCCCCUUUGCCAUUCCCCACCACUCUUCCCCUCCUCUCUGCCAGCAUUGCCAGCUCUAAGACAGUGGUGGCGGACCCCAUCAAACACAUACAAUGUAUGACACAGGAUCUUCUCCACUCUGUGAUAGAGAUGACGGCACCUCCGGGAAUCAGCAGUGCUAUAAACACCAUACUGACAAUGCGUAACCUUAGCCUGGCCUUGUCAGCCUGUGUGUACCAGUGUCUGUGUGACUGUGAUAGUUUUGUGGUCUCCCUUAAUGAGACAAGUGAUGCCACUCUGGAGGGGUUUACUAGUCAUAAUUUUACCAGUGCUCAAGCAGGUCACUUAAUGGCAGGCGUUCAGAGGUAUCGACGGAAAUCAAGUGCUGGGGAUGAAAUCAACACAUCUCCAGCUUCAUGGCCAGGUGUUCAAGGAUUACGUGCAAUGUUGGCCAGAGAGAAGGAUGAGGAUGCCCAGAAACUUCACAUUCUUCUGUGUGAGACGUUAGUAGCAGUGUAUGUGAGUCUACUGGUGACUGCCCUGGCAACACACGACUGCAGCAUGUUAUAUCGGCUCAUCGCCCAUCGAUUUGUCACACAGAUGUGGUGUGCUUUGUUUGGGGGAGGGGCAAGAACGGUCCUCAGGGUGUCUGAUUCUCCUGUACCUUUAAAGGGUACAGAUGAGGUGGACAAACAGAGGCUGAGGCUGGUGAAGAAAGUGAUGGAAGGAGGGGGUAAAGGAGGAAGUAAAAGUGGGAUCUCAAUGAAAGAGAAACCUGUCAAGGAGACGUUUGUACCCCCAGAACUCAGCAUGGUCACAUUCUUCAUGACAAAGCCCUUUACCAGCCCAGUGGAGGGGACAUUUGAUUAUGAUUCUGAGGAUUCAUUGUCAUCAGAGGAAGCAUCUGAUUAUGAUUCAGAAGACGACACCAAAGUGAAUUCUUGGUCCACAUCAAGUGUUCAGCAGCACACUGAUCCGACAUCUUACUCCUGGAGUCUCAUCAGAUACUCCAUCAUUAAAUUGGUGCUUCAUAACUUUAACACAUUCCUGCCACUAGUUGGAAUAGAUUUACCUGAGUUGCCUGUGUGUUCACCUUUGAUGCAUGCUGUUUUGAAAACUCUGGAGCGCUGGAUGGAUGUUUUACAGGGGAAGCUAGAAUUAUUUGCUGGGCCUCCAGAUGAUUUCAUUGCCAAUCUUCAAGUUGACAUUGUUCCAGGGAAACCACAUUCCAAGUUCAAAGCUCUUUUAAAUCCUUCUAACUCACCCUUCAUAGAUUCCCAUUCCACAUUACCCAUCAAAAGACUCUGGUUUCAUCUCAUCAAACAGGAAUCCCUAAAAGAAGUGUUCAUAAGAUAUAUAUUUAGAAAGAAGAUCAACCAAUCAGGAGAGACCACCACUCCAGCUGACCUUGAGAAUAAUCUCAAGGUCAAGGAGCCAAUGAAGAUCAUUCACAAAGAACAGGACAUCAUCUUAGCAUUUGCUCUUAAUCAGAUAAAUAAUGAAUAUUCUAACUGUGAACAGAUGAGUAGAUUCCUAAAUGCCAAUGCUAAUCUGCUGGCAUUGUCCACCCAGAAGGAGAUUAUAGAACUAGACAUUGGGCCAGUACUGACCCCUCCUACCUGGCUAGAGGAUGAGAAUGAGAUGGACAUAGAGUAUAUCAAAAACCCUGCCCCUGCUGCACAUGAAUCAGAUUUCUUUGUGGUUCAGACACCAGCAGACACGCAAACAUCACAGCACAGUUCAGCGGCCACUAGUCCACAUACCCCAGGUCACAGUAACUGGACAACAGGACGUGGCACUACUGUGACAAAAGGUAUAAACAUCCCAGGGAUAACGAAUCCCCAAAUCUCACAACAGAUACAUGACAGGAGUCAUCGUCUGCUGCGUGUGAUAUUAAAGCGACCAGUGGCAGGGGUCAGAAGAAUAGGUCCCCAUCCCAAUCUUCCUCACUAUUUGACUGGCAGUGCAGAUGGAAGUGUCAGGUUGUAUGAAUGGGGUCAUAUGCAACCACUGGCAAUGCUACGACAACCAGGAGCUUUUCCCAAAGUGACAAAGGUUUUGUUUAGUGCCCAGGGAAAUAAGUGCUGUGUGAGUGAUACUGAGGGAGAUGUUUGUCUCUGGCAAGUUGGUCUAGGCAGCAACUUCACCAAACCCAUCCUGAGUUUACGUUGCCACAAUAAGACCACCAGUGACUUUAGCUUUAUUGGUUCCUCCAGUCUCAUUGCUACAGCAGGGCAUUCAUCAGAGAGCAGAAAUGUGUGUUUAUGGGACACACUGCUGCCCCCUAGGAGUGCAUGUGUCCAUUCAUUCAUCUGUCAUGAACAUGGCUGUCCAGCCAUUGUAUAUGCUCCACAUCACCAGCUUUUAAUAUCAGGAGGACGCAAAGGGGAAGUCUGUAUAUUUGACAUCCGUCAGCGACAGCUUAGACACACCUUCCAAGCACAUGAUGUACCAAUCAGAUGUCUAGCUAUGGACCCAGAGGAGGAGUAUUUUGUCACUGGAUCUGCUGAGGGAGAUCUUAAGGUUUGGGGAUUGGAUGUUCAUCAGCUGGUUGUCAGCUUCCCAGGAGAACACAGUAAAAGUACAUUUUUUAAGAACAUUGGUUCCACCUCAGGUGUAACACAGGUGGCCAUUGGGCCAGAACAUAAUCUGUUCUCUUGUGGAAUUGAUGGGUCCAUGAAGUUCCGAUCACUACCAGAGAGGGAAACCAUGGUGCGAUAUUGGACAGCAUAAUAAAUUAUUUAACAACAGUGCAUGGCAGAUGUAGCAUGCAUACUGAAAUCACUUCAUGAAAGGUCACAUACCAUAUUUUAUGGAGCUCAUAUUAUAAAAGUUAAUAGUGGAUUCUGAGAUACAGUAUGUACAUUCAACCACUGUAUAAGAUUUAGGAGUUAAGAAUGUUAGAAAUAUAUGUUAUGGUGAGUUAAGCUGAAUGUAAUGUCAGAAGUGAAUGCUAUGGCAACAUUACCCUUAUCUAAUUGUGUUCAACAUAAGGGCUGUCUCAGCUGUUAUGAAGGACUCUUAUUUAUUUUUUGGAAUUCUUUAUUUUGUGCCAUUGAUUUGACUUUAAGUUAUUUAUUAUAAGUCCCUUAACAUAUUCUGUGAUUGGUAAAUGUAAAUUAUGGGUCAGGGUUUGAAGUGUAUUUCAGUAGUAUGUGUAGAUGUAUGUGUAUCGUUGUAUGUCCGUAAGCUCUAAUUCUAAACUCCCACCCCAGAUGACCUUUGACCUUAAGGAAGUGGAUAUUGUUUUGUCAACGUAUACAAAUACAACAAAAAAUAAAACUGCUGUUUACAGAAGGGAAUUGGAUUUCAAGGACUCCUUUUUUAUGUAAAUGUGAUAUUUUUGUGGCAUUAAUGUCUACUUUGCAUCCAUUUUUGUUCAAGUACCAGGUAUGUCUUUUUUAAGCGUGUAUGCACUAGGAGAGUGGCGAUGUACUAUUGUUCAUCAUUCUAGUCUUGUCUAUUUAUAGAAAAUAAACAUAAUCAUGCUAUUGAUAAUAAAUGGUAGUCUGUAAACAGAAAAUAUUUGUAUUGUCAGAUUUUUUUUCUUCUGAUUUAAUGAUAUUAUCCUCUAACAUUCCUUAAUUGUUGAAUUUGUAUUUCCUAUAUACCUCUGUGAAUUGUUUAAGUCUGAAUUAUUAUAUACUAAAAAUAUUUAACAAGUGUAGGAGCUCAUUACACAACACAUAUUGUAACCACUUUUUAGAAAAGAAACUUUCUGUGAACAUAACGUACACUGUACCAGGUAUGUCAGGCUUUUGAAAUCUCCUAUUUAUUGUUCAUUACAAUGUUUAUAGAUUUCUUUGGCUCAUUCUAUAAGAUAUAGAGGAAGCAGGCACUGUUCUAGGUAUACUUAAUUUGUUGUUAUUUAUUCUAUUGGGAAAAAAAUUACAUCAGUACUAUACAUCUAAACAACAAUUCAAGAUGUGUGAUAAAUGUUUUAUUUAAGUACACUGUAUGUCUUUUUUUUCUUUAGCUCAUCUUAGCCAAAGGCAUAAGUGAGCUUUUCUGAUCAAAUUUUGUCUGUCAUCUUCUCAAAAACCACUGGGCCAGAAAAGAUGAAACUUUUUUCCCCAGAACAACAAAGUCAGGAUUAAUCAUGCAUGUAAUUUAUAUGGGAACUUCCUUAGGUAGUGUAGAUUCAAGUUUGUUCAAAACAUGACCCCUGGGGAUAGGGUGGGAGCACUAUGGGCGAACAAAGUUUUACAUGGGUAUAUAUCAGAUAAAUCUAAAAAUCUUCUCAAGAACAGCAAAGCCAAGAUAAGUCAUAUUUAUAUUGAAACAUCCUCAGGUAGUUAGUUCAAAUCAUAACUGGCAGGGGCAGGGAA